AUGGCUGUGGAAGGAGGAGCCAAAUGCAUCAAAUUCCUCUUGUUUGUAUUCAACUUCAUAUUCUUUGUAAGUUCUCUUUCUUUUCCUCUGUAAACCUAGUGUUACACUACCUACAUUGUUAUUAUAUCAAUGUGGUCUAGCAAAUAACUUAAUCUAGCAAAUAACUUUAUUCAUCAACAAAGAUGAGGGUGAGGGGAGAUGCCUGAAAAUGUGUUGCAGCUGAGAACCGAAGCCGAGAGCAAGGCGUAACAAUGACAACCCUGUGAGUGGCAAUCAUUGGACACUGUCACACUGCUAACCAGUGGAACCUAGAAAUCCCUAUACUAACCAAAGGGAGGGCAGGGAAGGGAGCAAAACAGACUAACAAGCACAAAGCAAUGUGAACUUAUUGGACUGACCUCAGCCAAAAAGCCCAAAUGCCCCUGCAAAGCUACAAAGGGCCCCCAAAAAUCACAAAUGAGAGGCUGCCGGUCAGCAUUGUCUCGAGUUUAACAUAGCCAUAACUUCAUUCAGCCACAUUAAUAGAAAGUAUGUUACUUGUUUCAUAGCUGGGUGGUGUUGGGUUACUUGGAGUGGGGAUCUAUGUCCAUCUGAACAUUGGCGACUAUGUAGAACUAUCCUCUGUGAAGUAUGUGACAGGAUCCAUCAUCAUCAUGGCAGUUGGUGCAAUCAUUGCUGUUAUUUCGUUCUUUGGCUGCUGUGGAGCUAUCAAGGAAAACAGAUGCCUCCUUGGAACGGUAUGUAGAGUGUAACUUUCUGCCUGCUUGAUACGCACAGUAUUUUUUUCGAUUAAGAAGGAAUCAAAAAUAAUAUUUGUGAUUAAGUUUAGUGUUACCCAAGACGGUGGAUAUAUUGAAGGUAAAGUUUCCUUUCUUUGGUUGCACCAGAAAUCAACCUAUAAGAACAGAACGGUUACACUGUAGCUUGUAGCUGCAAGGUAACCUAGACUGAAUGCUGGUUUCACCUGCAAAUGGAUAAGCUACCCCUUGCGGUUAGUUUGCUAUAUCUAUUUUAUGCUACAAGCCUCUAUUUCAAAGCAAGGCUAAGUGCAAGGCUAUUGAUAUGAAAAACAUGACGACCGCGUAGCGGGAGUCCGAUUUGUUUAAUCACGAGUAUGAUUACAGACGGAAUUGGACGACACGAAGUUCUGUUACCAAUUAAUCAUAACUUUAACAAAAUCUGUGAUAUAAUAGGCUAUUUUUUAAAUCAAAACACAAGAAAUUCGAAAUUUUGUUUUGCUAGCAGUGAAAAAAAAAGCCAUUUAAGCGCGCGCAUGAUGGUGCAUACUGUCCAAUUACUUAGGCAUGAUGCGUACUGUCCUAUUAAACUGUCCAAUUAAGGCUGAAAUCAGGGCAGUUGAUAGCCAAUCAGAUUUGACAAUUUUGUUAUAGUUAUGAUUAGGACAAUAAUAUAAUAAUAUUUGUAAUAAUAAUAUAAUAAUAUUGCAGACCUGAACAACCCUUUAUCUACUAAACUUGUCAAUGGAGGUAGGAAUGUUUUAGGUUGUUUUUAAACUAGGAAUUAUUUUGAAUGAAUAAUAAAACAAUAUUAUUGAAUGCGGCUUUCGUUUCAUCUGAAGAAUUAUGGAGAUCUCAAAGGGUGUUACGAGCUUGGCAGAUAACAUUCUCCAAGAUCUUCAUACAUGUGUAAUUCUUCAGAUGAUACAAAAGCUGAAUUCAAUGAUUUUUAAUAAUUAAAAGUCAUUGAAAUAAUUUGGCUUUUGAUCAGUGAAAUAUUUGUUACUAUUAUUGAUUAAAUUUUAUACAUAUUAACGUAUUGAAUGAUAGAAAUUCUCAGUUUCCCUAGCAGAAUAAACUUCAGUCUUUAUACCUGGAGGUUAAAUGUGUGUGUGUGUGUGUGUGUUUUUUCCCUCUCUCUGCAGUUCUUUGCACUGAUGUUGCUGGUGUUUGGUUUGGAAGUGGCAGGAACAGUUCUGGGUUAUGUAUAUCGUGAUCAGGUAAGAAGAAAAAUCUUGCACUAACUUGUUUUGUAUGUGUCCUAAAAACUAGAGCGUGGUGAAUAAAAUGAGUAAUCUGGGUUGUCAAAAGUAGCUGACUGCUGGCGAAAAUCGCCACCUACUUGGUUGGUAUCAACUGGUUACUCUGCUUGACAUUUUUUACGGAUGGCGUUUUUUAAAUAAAAUAUCCCUGGACUGGCCGCUUACUUUGACAACUAUGUACUUCAAAACUUUCUGACAACCCUGGGUAAUCAAUAUUCUGGUACAACAGUGUAGUAAUCCUGGAGGUUUCUUUUUGUUUCAGCAUUUAUAGACUAGAAAUCUCUUUCACUCAGGCCCAGGUUAACCAAGAGUUGGAUACAGCACUAUCCAUGAAAAUUUAAUAAAAUUAUUAUCCAGUUGCAAAGUACAUGUAUUAUGCAAACCAGUACUUUUCAAGGAGGGAAGAUCAGCACGGUUGGUUAGUGCACAGCCUUCUGUGUGGUAGGUCCCAAGUUUGGUUCCCAGGUGUGACCACAAAUCCUUGUUUCGACUUCUUUCCUUUCCGUGUAGCUUUAAAUACCCUUAAAACAGAACACUGAUGGAGGGAGGGUGGGGGGGGAGGAGCACACCAUCACACCAUCACACCAUCUCAGGUUUGUUAGUCAGAUAACUAUUUUGAAGCUACCAACUUAAAAUAAGGACUCUCUACCUUUUACCUUUUGUCAUUGUCGCAUUAUCUACAAGGUAGAGAUUUACAUGUAUCCAGUGGAUAGUUCUUGGUAAACCGUACAUUAUUUGAACUACUGGGCCAAGUGUGUAGCACCAGCUUUACACACCUGCUAGCGUGGUCUGUUUCAUCAUAGAAAUUCAAUUCAUCAUCAUGUGGUCUAUUCCAUUUUCAUUUUCUUACAUUCACUGAUCAAGUUGAGAUUUAAAAUUAUGUAAAUAAUUAUGAUUAUAGUAGAUUAGUAUUUAUACUAAAGUAGAACCUCGACAACUCGAAUUCCCUGCUAACUCGAACUAAAUUUCCCUUCCCUUGAUCACAAUUUCACAGAAAUUUACCCCUAUAACUUGAAUUCCCUGCUAAGUCGAACUGUUCAUUUCCCUCACUUUUAUCAUGUUAUUUAUAUAUAUAGGAAUAUUUCAAGCAUGAGAUGCAGUGUUUCAUCACCAGUUGAAAUGCCAAGAGACAAACUUCAAGUUGUUUAAUCUGGUGAUGAAACACUGUGUCGAAUGCUUGAUAUUACUUCUCAAACAAAAUGAUUUUAGUAGGAGAAAUUAAUGAUACAAAAAUGAAAAGUUUUUCAUCUGAUUUCCAAACACUUAUUAAAUGUUUAAAUUUCCUUUGUAUUUUCUUUAUGAAUUAUGAAUGUGUUUGAGAAAUAUAUAUAUAAGACACACUAAUAAAAAAUGCUUUUAUACUUUCCUAGCUGUGGUUCUGUUAUGGUCAGUAGUAGAAGUGUUGAACAGCUUUGAUUCCAUUUUCAAUUUACAGGUCAAAACAGAGUUAAAGAAAGAUCUGGACAACGCUCUGGGUCAGUACGGAGAGGACGGCAAGGAUGGAGUGACCAAAGCUUUUGAUUUGCUGCAGGAAAAAGUACAGUAUUAUUGCAUUGGUAUUUACUUAUCUUUGUAAAGAUUUUGUAUUAAAGUUGACUCUUGCAGAAAGUAGAACAGAAUAAUAUUCUAGUAUAAUAGAUUUAGGACUGCAUUUAAUAUUCCCAUCAUUAUGUAUAAAGUGAUAUUACUUGGUGCAAAGUUGCACUGUUUCCUUUCAUUGUUCCUGAAGCCAAUAUUAAAGGGGCUGUGUCACAGCAGUCCAGUUCAUUUUGUUUAAUUUUGCCAAUAUUACUCGCCCUCAAUCGCUAUGGAACUUAAAGUAAGCAAAGAAAUUACAUGUAAAUGACAAAAUCAGAGAUUCAAGACAAACAAAUAUGUCUCCUGAGCAUUAAACUUGCAAGCAGCAGGGAUCAACUUUGAAAAACUGUUAGGCUGAACAGUUUUCAAAAACCCUAACUUCAAUCCGUUUCAAUAUUCUUCAGUUUUGCCCAUCCGAGGCACCUGUUGUUUCUGUUAUGUUAUUAUAUUUUAACCUUCCUAUGGAGUUUUAAGCGGUUAUUUCUCUGUUUCUCUUAAUUUAACAGGCAUUUUGUAAUUUCCUAAUUUGGCUGAAUUUUGUGACACAGCUCCUUUAACCCCAAUGCUUAGUUUACUGUGCUAUUAGUCUUGUACAGUCAAACCACGCUUUACGGACACCCACUUAAUGUGGACACCUCAUCAUUGCGGACAGUUUGCUUCAUCACAGGGGACAGAAAGUGGCUUAAAUAUAUUUUCUCUAAAAUAUGCAACCUGCCUAAUACUGACACCCCAUUAAUUUAAUACGGACAAUUUCUAUGGUCCCCACAGUGCCAGUAUUAAUGGGGUGUGACUGUAUUUGCUUUGAGAAUGGUAUAUCCUUUAGUUUUGAGUAUGAGAACAGGAAAGUGGAGUUCAGAAUUUCGUUUUAGUCCGACCAUGAAAGAGUUAACAACACUCAGGGCUGUUAAUAAGGGCCGCGGUAGCCAGCCAAAACUCCCGGCUAGUUAGCCAUCCUUAGCCGGCUUCUUCCAUCUCCUUCUACCAUAACUGCUGACAAAAAAUAGGCACCAUCAAAUAACGCAUAUGUUUCCCGGUUUUGAAUGACAUUGAACCCUUAUUUACACAGGUUUAUAUCUGUGAAACAUUUGAACCGUGCGAUGUCGUGGAACACCUGGGACAUUUCGAUGGCAUUGUUCCCAGUCUUGCGUGUUUUCUGACAAAACAACAUGGCGUCUGCAGUGGAAAAUACCUCUUCAAAACCCCUGGAAACGCCAUUUCCGAGACUCUAAACUUCAAAAUAUCCCUAGAUGCCUCUGCCCUCAAGAACUUGUGCCUUUGGUGCAAGUUCCAAAGCCACCUACUCUUCAUUAUUGGCCUGCUACUUAAAAACGUUUUGACAGCCCUGAACACUGGUGCUUAUAAAGUAUCUGUGCAUAAAUUCCCAGGCUAUGUCCAGUCACCAAGAUUUGGCAAUAUUUUUUGUCAAAAGUGUGGUUGUAGUCAGGAACUUAUAUUCAAUACCAAUUAUUGGUAUACACCUUUGACACCAGCACUCUGUGCCCGUCUUAGAGAGAUGUCCGUCUUAAAGAGAGUCAACUAAAAGGAGUAACGAAGGACACGGACCAACUCUAGGUGUCCCUUUUAGCAAGGUGUCCAUCUUGUAGUGGUGACCUUAAGUGAGAUUUGGCUCUAAAUACACUUGAUUUGGCUCAAACUUUUCAUAUGAUUCUGUUAUAAUUAUACUGUGUACAAAAUGUAAGUUCUUUUCAAUGGAAAGGUUAAUAUUAUAUUUUGAUUUUCUGCAACAGGAGAAAUGUUGUGGAGUUAAUGGCUAUAAAGACUGGCGAAAAACUCCCUUCACCAAUGGAAGCCAUAGCAUUGUUCCUGACAGUUGCUGUAAGGAAAUGAAAUCAGAAUGUGGAAAAAAAUUUUCAGAAGAUAACAUUUACACUGAAGUAAGCCUUAAGAGCUAGUUGUUCUUGAGAAAGACUCUGCAUGAAAUAGUAAGAUCUUUUUGACUCCUUCAAGAAACUUUUUUAAGGACUGAGAAAUCGACAUGGGGUUUUGGGGAGGUUACUUUUUCUUUGGUCUAGGGUUUUUCAGGGGGUUUCAUUGGAAGCCCUAGGGAUUUUGGGGGGUUUUGAAUUUGGCCCCCUUCUGAUCAUACCUGUCACUUUAACUGCAGAAUACCCCCUGGGACAUUUAAUCAACCAAGAAACACACUAAGUCAUAUCACCUGUAUUUCCUUUUUGGGUGGGAUGAAGUUUGUUAAUAAUUUUUAUGCUUAUCUAUAAAUAAACAAAAUAUUACAAUAUUAUGUUGCAACAUUUUUGUCUUUUAAUCAUUUUUAGGGUUGCUACCAAAAGACGCUGAAAUUACUGCAAGACAACUUGAUGAUCAUUGGUGGAAUUGGAGUUGCAGUGGCUGUCAUUCAGGUUUGUAUACAAUUUCACCUCAAUGUAGUGCACAAUCAGGGUGUUCAUUAGACAUUGGGGAUCGGAGAAUUUGCCAUUUACUAUGCAGAAUUCUCUGGCAAACAUUAGGUAGCUUACGGCUACUUUCUAUUAGACGUGGAGCCUCUUUCAAAAUAUUCUCCUGUACACCUUUCUCCUGCUACUAGAUUAUUUUAAGAAAUUAUGAAUACCCUGACAAUAAUAAUAUUGUGCAAGAAAUGACUGAUUUCUUUUGUGUUAAAAGUCAAGCUAGGUUUACACUGAGAAGAUUUGUCGCGAUUCUUGACAAAUCUGGAACAUUUUAGUACCAGAUUCUUAUUUUGUCAUUCCUUUCAAUAUUGGUUUUGCUUUGCUAUACAGGAUGGAACCUCAAUAUAACAAACCUCUUUACAGUGAAUUAAGUCCUCUGUUUACAAAAGCAAUACUCUACUCUCCAGUAACUAUGGUUAAUAUGUAAUAAUAUUACAUGGAAAAGAGACCCUCAAUGUAUUAGAAACCCUCAUUGUAGCAAGCAUACUUUACCAGUCCCUUUGUUUUUUAUUAUAUCCAGGUUCCAGUAUUCUGUGAUCUGAGAAAUUAAAGGUCUCCUUCUUUGUCAGUCAUACCUACAAUUCUGGCCAAAUGGUUUUGGCACACUUCCCUUCCCUGUCCUCCUCUUGUUGUGGAAUCUUUGUUGUGGGGGCGGGGGGUACUCCUGGGGAUUCUUGGUGGGGCUGUGCCGCUUGGUUUUCCGAAUCCUGACCCUAUUUCUGACCAAAAAAGGCUAUUCUCCACAACCAUUUCAGCAUGCAACGAAAAGUAGUGUCCAGUAGCCCGGGACUAGUGGAUUUUCCUAUCAGGCUAGUGAAUUUUGUUCUUAACUUGCCAACGGGCAAAUGAAGGUUUGUGAGGAAUUCAAAUUACAUAAGAACUGUGUAGUCAAUCCUUCUCAUCAAAACGUUUUGGGGGCUGGUUGAAAUGAAUUUUGGGCCAGUACAUGCUAGCUACAGCUUGCCUAAAUGGCAAGCUGUAAAAUGACUUUCUUUUCACAGGCAGCCGUUUUCAGAGCUGGCCUCUACAAUCCGUACCUGUUUUCAGAUCUGGAACAGGCAGAAAUUAUGUCAUUAGGUUUAAGAUAAGAACUCCAACAAAAAGAUUUGUCAGAAUCAAAUUCAGAUUCGCAUAUUACUCUUUCUUUCUCAUUCCUUUGGAACUGAAAUGACAAGUACAUUAAUACACUUGCGUAGUUCCCCCGAAAACCAUAGCUGAUUCCAGACAAAAAUGGACAAAGUCUAUACCCAUUUUCAGACCGAAACGACGCAAAAACCAUAUGACUUAUAUAAGGGAGUACUCCUCCGGGUAUGGAAUAACUGAAUAACUGCUUUUGAGCAAUGAUUUAACUUUAUUUGUUGAAUUUUUUUUUGGACAGCUUCUCAGCAUGAUAUUCUCCAUGGUCCUGAUAUGCAAGAUUAAAGAUCAGAGUUCUUUUGCUUGACAACUUAACUGCCCCAACAUGAGCUUACAGCCCCCGCAUCUCUUCAUGGCUAUAUUUGCAUUUGAUGUAAAACAUAAUCUUGCAAAAACUUCUUACAAACAAUUCUUUGUAGAUAGACAUUUAAUAACACCUAUCAGAAGUGGAACAUUUAUUGUUGUAUAAAAAGGCAUUUGUAUUGCUCUUUUCAAUAUUAAUUUGCUUGAAGGAGGCAAAAGAACACAAUAAGUGGAUUGUUUUGCACUCUCAGGUGACAGAUUGCAACUGUUUUCAUUGAUACUUGAUUGUUUUCCUGGCAACUUUUAAGGCUAUCACAUACUCUCUCAUCAACAAUUGCAUGUUUGUUGAACACACUGGAGAUGGGUAGCAUGAACUUAGCAAAGACCAGUCCUUAUAUAAAAUGUUUUUGUUGGAGUGUCUAAUAUUAAAUUAGAAGCACACUGUGAGAAUUUUGCAAAUUUUGCUUUUAUUAUAUUCCAGCUUGGAUUUCUAUUGUCUUGCAAUUUUAAUUGAAUGUUAAUUGUAUCCUUUUAAGUUUUUUGGAUUACUUCUGCCUUUUUUUCUCUAUGACAACAAUGUUCCUGCCCAAUUGUCUGUCAACGGCGUUUUAUGGAGAAUUUAACCAUAGUCUGUCACUAUUAAGCUAAAAUUAUAAAGCCAAAUGGAAAGCCACAAGAUUAUAGACCUUACGUAUUUCAAAUAUGUGACUUCAGAAUAUUCUUGUCUUUAUCAUAUAUCUUGAGAGCAGAGCUUUUGGAAACAUUUUAAGUGAAGAAAAAUAUAGAAUAAUGAGUGCUUGGCUACAUUUUUGACAUGGAAUUUGUAAUAUUGUUAAGAUAAAUCUAGUUUUGAACAACCGGACUUUCUGAAGGUAUAAUAUACUUGUAUGUUCAAAAAAAAUAUUUAUUAGCACUUUUCUGAUUGGCCAAGAUAAAUAAACAUUGAUGUUUGCACUUUGCAAAGUGUAAAGUACACAUUUACUUUGUAAUGGACAAAACGCAAAUUAUGAAACCUCAUGUGGACUAGUACUGGAAUCAUCAGCUUUCAAGCAGAGACAUGUUACAAAAGAAGUGUGUUGAAUAAGAUGCAAACUUCUUGUAUAAAUGGCACAAAAACACUUUGCAUCUUAAAUAAGACCUUAUUUAACUAAGAUGCAGCUGAUAUGCUCUUAAAAAUGGUUCAGUAUGUGUCUCUUAUCUUAAGAUGCACCUUGUGUAAGACACACCAUAUUUUUCUCGCAUAACCAGUUAUAGCUAUCGCUAAGUGCAAAAGGGCAAAGAUUUUACAUACAUGCGUAGGCUGUUUAAGUUGUUAAGAAAUGUCAUGAAUUACCAUAAUUUACGAGAAUGCAGGCUGCAGGUAGGUCAUGUCAUGUCAUGUGUCCAUCAUUUACUGUCAGGGAACACACUCAUGCAUUAUACUAUGCAUGUGCUCACUCAAAAACAAUGCAUUCUCUGUUCUGUAUUACAUCAUAAAAGUUACCGUACACUACCUUAUCUAACAUCGCUUCGAGAUUCGUUGUGCCUUGGAACUUUCGCGCGGCUUUAUUAUGCUGCCGCCUUGCAGCCUUGUCUUCAAGAGGCUGCUUGUUGGCAAUUAGAUGGACCUAUGUCUCUCUUCCU